GGUAUUUCAAUGGCAUCCAAAGAGUCAGCCUCCAACAACCCUGGCCUCCACACUAGUCCUGAUGAGGAGACCAUAGGUUUCUUCUUGCAACAAACAAAUUAUCGAGUAAAGGACCCCAAAGUCAGUCUCGAUUUCUACACUCGAGUAAUGGGCAUGUCGUUGCUUAAGAGGUUGGAUUUUUCAGAUUACAAGCUUACUGUAUAUCUUUUGGGAUAUGAGGACACUUCUUCAGCUCCAAAUGAUCCCGUUGAGCGCACUAAUUGGACUUUUGGUCAGAAAGCUACCCUUGAGCUUGCGCAUGAAUGGGGUACUGAGAAUGAUCCUGAUUUUAGGGGUUACCAUAUUGGGAACUCAGAACCUCGGGGAUAUGGGCACAUAGGUAUUACUGUACACAAUGUAAACAAGGCGUGCAAGAGAUUUGAAAGUUUGAACGUGGAAUUUGUAAAGAAACCUAAUGAUGGUAUGAAGAAUAUAGCAUUCAUUAAAGAUCCCGAUGGCUACUGGAUUGAAAUAUUUGACAGCAAAACAGUCGGAAAGGCAACAGCUCUGUCUGCUUGAUCGUAUGCUGCAAGUAUUCUGGUAUUAUCUCUUUUAUUUUGACAGUUUUGAGUCAUUUUGGGCCUUAAAUUUGUUUUGUUACCUUAUCUUUAGUUUAAAUAUUUGGUUGACUUAUCUUCAUUUUAGCACUAUGUAUGGCACUUUCUGCAUCAUGCCACUUUGUAGUAGAUUUUACACCAACCACAUUAUAUCAUGCCAAGUCCAUUUGUUCCACCCCGGACACUUGCAGGGUCCAGCUUAAGCCAGACAGUUAACACUCGGGGGGAAAAAAAAUAAAUAAUAAAAAAAAUUCAGUUCAAAAUUUUCUCGUCUGGAUAACUAGACAUGAUUAAUUGAAACAAACAACUGUUUUACUUUUAUCAAUUUAAACUUCAUGUCCCAACCUCAAACUUGUUUGCGAUGAAUCUUGCAACCGAAUGGCAUGAAAUAUACUACUAGUUUACUAUCUAUAGCUCAUAUCUUCUCUCUCCUGCGCCUGAGAAAUGAGAUAAAACUUAGUAUCUAGUUGGUUUUCCCUUUUUAUAUGACUAGGUUCCCUGGGGGACUAUCUAGAGCUUCUGGCAUUUUAUUGUUAGAUCUCUGAUUUUUAUGGAAAAUGAAGUAUAUUUGGGUAGACCGUAGACAUGAUGAGUUCAAAAGGCUUGUAUUUGCAUUCCUUUUUUCUUUUUUCCUUUUUGUUGAGUGUGUUUACUCAGUUUAAGGGGAUAAAUUACUAUCUUAAUGUGCAACUGGAACUUUUCACUUUUUAAUUCUUU